GAAAGUCACUCCAACCUCACUUUUCGCUGUUGGUAAACAAAUUGAGGACGUCCUGUGAUUCCUGUGGUUUUGUGGAGUUUCUGGCCAUGUCCCGGGAGGAGAAGCAACUGGAGGCACUGCUGGAUGCUGUGCUGAAUCGCCUGAAUGACCUAAAGUUGUCCAUUGGGGCGAUGAUACAGAAAAUCGAGACAGAAUAUGAGACAAUCAAUUGGCCGACUUUCCUGGACAAUUUCGCUCUCAUUUCCAGUCAUCUCACUGGCUUGUCCAAGAUCAUCGCCACGGAGAUGGGCGCUCCACUGAGGAAUCUCACGGUUCUUCCUCUGCUGCUGUCGCCGGAGCGCGACGAGGCGCUGUGGCAGCUCACGGAGGGCCGCAUCCCGGUGUUCUCGCACGACAUGGUGCCCGACUAUCUGCGCACGAAGCCCGAGCCGACGGCGGAGCAGAAGAUGAUGGCGCACGAGCAGAAGGCGAACAACCUGACGCCGGAGACGGCGGCCAAGCAGGUGGCGCAGUACCAGAAGAUCGUGUCUCACGUGUUCGACAUGGUGAGCAAGGCGCGCGAGGAGUGGGAGUCCGACUCCUCGGCCCGCUCUGGCGUGCAGCAGACCAGCAGCAUGGCGGACACGCACGCUCUGGUGGCGGCCGUCGGGAUGGGCAAGAAUCUCAAGGUGAACAUCCCGCCGGGCGUGGGUCCCAACGGCCCGGGAGGGCCGCCAGGCAUGGUGCCGCACGCCAUCCGCCCGCCGGCGGCCAUGGCGGCCGUCAGCCCCUCGGGAGGCGUCGGACAGAUGGGCAAAGCGCCGUCCGCGAUCAAGACCAACAUCAAAUCCGCGAAUCAAAUUCAUCCCUACGGAAGAUAAGUCCUGCGAUAGUCGUAAGAAAUCACCGCUUUCCCUUAAUUUUAUUGUAAGAUUGUGAAAGAGAUGAGGAAGUAAAGAAAUUGUCCCUUUUUAA